AUGGCAAAGAUAUCACGGCUUGAAAGUAAAUUAAAUUCUUGUUUGGAAGAUGGUUAUUUUUAUGAAGCUCAUCAGAUUUAUCGAACUUUAUAUUAUCGAUUAUGUUCGCAAGAAAAAUGGAAAGAACUUCUCAACUUAUUAUAUGAAGGUGCUCUUCGACUUCUAGAAGUUAAUGAAGUUGUUAGUGCUAUUGAUUUGGCAGAACUUUUCGUUGAGGUAUUGGUAAAGUUCGAAACGUGUAUUUCUUCUGAUGUUGUCAGUCGUUUAGAACAGUUAUUCAGUCGAAUUCCGGCAUCACUGGAAGAAGAAGACCCUUCCACAAAUAAAGUUGAUAAAAGAAGUAAUUUCUUAUCAUCAGCUCUUAAAUGGUCAAUGAAAGUCAGUGAUAAGAAGCGAUAUCGUGCAAAGGGACAUCCUAGUCUUCAUCGGAUAUUUGGGAUGAGAUUGUGGCAAGAAGGGAAUUAUCAAGCUGCACGAAAUCAUUUGAUACUUUGCGACGAUACCGAGAAAUUCGCUUUAUUUCUUAUCGAUUUUCAACAGAAAUGUGGAUUUGAUAGUGAAAAAGAUCUAUUUAUAGUGCAGGCUGUGUUACAGUUAUUAUGUCAACGUCGUCCAAAAACUGCCGCGGUACUUUUACAACAGUAUUGUAUAGAACACCCAAAAAUAAGUGGAGAGCCUCCUUAUCAAUUGCCACUUCUCAAUUUUGCUUGGCUUUUAACUCUUUCUGUUCAAACAAAAAAACUAGAAUUUUUCACUAUUCUGGUGGAAAGAUAUGAACAUAGCAUUAAACGUGAUAAUGAAUAUCGUAUUUAUUUGGAUAAGAUUGGUCAGAUUUAUUUCGGUCUUCCACCGCCGAAUAAAUCUACGAACAGUAAUGGACUUCUUGGCAAUAUUUUUAGAGGUGAACUCUGA